AUGGUUACCGUCGCUAUUUUCCGACCCGCGCGCGGCGCCAAGUUGUCGCAAUUCACUGCGCGCUCUUUCCAAGCCACCACCGCCUUCGCCGCCCGCCGCUCCUUCUCCUCCUACCUCGUCACCCCCAAGGAGCUCGACGAGGCCCUCAAGAAGAACCCUCCCUCCAAGAUCAGCCCCGAGCCGCGCACCGUCCCUCUUUGCGCCUCCUGGUUCCUUCCCAACGAUGGCCGCACCGGCAUUGAGGUCUACCGUCAACAGCGAAUUCCCAAGGCCCGUUUCUUCGACCUCGACAAGGUCAUUGACCGCCGUAGCGAGUACCCCCACAUGCUACCUUCCGCCAAGGACUUUGCAGCAGCCAUGAGCGAGCUGGGCAUCCGCAAGGAGGACACUGUUGUCGUCUACGACACCAAGGAGUUGGGUAUCUUCAGCGCCCCGCGCGUCGGCUGGACCCUCAAGAUUUUUGGCCACCCCAAAGUCCACGUCCUGAACAACUUCAAGCUCUGGGUCGAGCAAGGCCUUCCUACCGAGUCUGGCGAGCUUUAUAAUGUCGAGUGCUGUACCUACCCCAUCCCCAAGCUGGAUGAGGGCAAGGUCGCCGAGUUCGAGGAAGUGCGCGAGAUUGCGCUGGACCACAACAAGGAGGGCGCGGAGGGCGUACAGAUCCUUGAUGCGCGAUCCCCCGGCCGUUUUGCAGGCACCGACCCGGAGCCGAGACCUGGCCUGUCGUCCGGCCACAUGCCCGGCUCCAUCAACAUCCCGAUGACAGCCGUCUUGGAUCCCGAGACCAAGACGUUCUACCCCGCGGAGAAGCUCAAGCAGAUCUUCCAGGAGAAGGGUGUCAACCCUGAGAAACCCAUCGUGUCGAGCUGCGGAACCGGCGUGACUGCCUGUGUUAUUGAGACCGCUCUCGAGGAGGCUGGAUUGGGCUCUCCUGAGACGCGCAGAGUCUACGAUGGAAGCUGGACUGAAUGGGCACAGCGGGUCAAGCCUUCUGACUCACUCAUCAGGAAGAGCGAGUAA